UGUCUGUGCUCGCGCGCGCCUGGAGUUUGAGCCGAGCAACGCGCGCGCUCACACACACACACACACACACACACACACACUCAUUUGCGCGGUGUGGGGAUCAGAAAGUGCUUCGGUUCAUGACGAUCGGAUUUCAGUCUCGGGGCAUGAAAUGGAGUCGGAGCGAAGCUAACACACACACACACAUAUACACACACUCUCUCUCUCUCACACACACACACAUACUUCACCCUCAUAGAGCUCAGUUUUCCGACGCGGAUCCACGGCAAUGGGGGAGCAGCCGAUCUUCACAACUCGAGCUCAUGUCUUCCAGAUAGAUCCCAGCACCAAGAAGAACUGGGUUCCUGCCAGUAAACAAGCUGUCACCGUGUCCUACUUUUAUGACAGCAAUCGCAACAGCUACCGCAUCAUCAGCGUGGAUGGGUCAAAGGUGAUCAUUAACAGCACUAUCACCCCCAACAUGACCUUCACAAAGACGUCACAGAAGUUCGGUCAGUGGGCUGACAGUCGUGCAAACACUGUGUUUGGGCUCGGGUUCGCUACUGAACAGCAACUGUCCAAGUUUGCUGAAAAGUUCCAGGAGGUGAAGGAAGCGGCUAAAAUGGCAAGGGAGAAAUCACAGGAGAAAUCAGACGCAACCAGCAACCAUUCACAUGAAUCCGGCCGUGAAACUCCGGUGUCCAGUCAGGCGUCCAGUAUGAACGGCACAGACGACGAUAAAAUCUCUCACACACCUGAUACCCCGGUGCUGAUGAGCGAGAACAACCGAGUGAAGACUGCUGUGGAGCAGAGUACUAACCAGUACGAGCCGGAGCUGCAGGCUCUGAAGGAGAGUAACACUCGGCUGACAGAGGCUCUGCAGGAGGCAAACAUCAGUGUAGAAAAGUGGAAAGCACACACCAUCGCAUGCCAGGAGGAGAACACCAAACUGAAGAACAAGAUUGCAGACCUUGAGGCAGUGUGUAAGGAGGUGAGUCUGGAGAAAGAGAGAAACGCUCAGCUAAAUACCCGAGUGCAGAAACUUGAGAACGAAUUAAAGGACAAAGAACAGGAGCUGGAGAAUCUGAGGAAGCAGGCUGAGAUAAUUCCACAGCUCAUGUCAGAGUGUGACGGCCUCAAUGGCAAGAUGCAGGCGGCAGAGCUGGCCAAUCAGGAGGCUCGUGGGCGUGUGUCAGUGCUGCAGAGUGAAGUGAGUGAAGGACAGCAAAGACAGAGAGCCAUGAAAACUGAGCUGAAGAAGUUCAUGGAGCUUCUGGAGGGCAAGAUAGACGAACUGCAUGAAGUCCGCCAAGGGCUGUCUCACCUGGGCAUGGACAACUAACACACUCACACACUCACACUUCUCCCUUGCUCUUAUACAAUAUAGUAUCUCAAUAUGUAGGGAGUAACAGCCAUACAUUUUUAUAUAACUUAAAAUUAUGUGAUGUAAUAUCAUAACACACACACAGGUAAAGAGUAUAUAAUGGCUUUGGUUGAGAAAAACACACUGCAAUGGACUCACUAAUUAAGGUGGUGAUCUCAGGGUGCUGGUGAAAAGCACACACGCACACACACAAAUUGCAGUUUCACAAAGUGCCUGAGGGUAGCUUCAGUCCCUCUCUAUCCUCACACACACUACAUGUGGCACACACACAUGCACAGACUUGAGUGCAAUACAGUAUAUGAGAAAGGGGCGGGGCUUCAUUUUCAAUACAUUUUUAUAUAGAAUUGUUCUGAUUUGUUGGUUUCUAUGCUGUGAUCUGAUUGGUGUGUGCAUGUGUGACAUUCAGUGUUGUGAAUGAUGUGCUUCCCUCAUGUGUGUAUCGGGGGGGGGGGGGGGGGUGCAUUUUUAAUUAUUUUGCUUAGAAAUAAAUGCUUUGGUCCUGGGACUUUUUUUUUCUUUUUUUUUUAAGUUGUGUGUGUGUGUGUGUGUGUGUGUGUGUCACAUUUACAUCUUUACAGUAUUUCGAGUGAUUAUCAGCACACUACACACACACAGACAUACACUGCCCCCCUCCCCCCUUCCUGGCCUUAAUGUUUAGGACACGUCAUUGUUCCCCACAGUUUACAGUUUUUUUCUGAUCAAUAAUGUACAAUAAUAAAAUUGUCAUAAAUAUAGUUUAAAUAAAAAUAAUUGUGUUUUGUGUUU